AUGUCGAUUAAUUACUGCAAAAGCUCAAAGUUUUCAAAUCCGAGUAAUAAUGCUUUAAACGCCACAGCCCUGCGGGCCUUCGUAAACAGCCCCAUCAUAUGGGAAACGAUUAAAUAUUUCGCUGUAAGGACAAGCGAGGUAAUCGUUUGUGAAAAUGACAAAAGAACAAAUAUUUCUGUUGAGUCCAGGAUAUCGGACUUCGAAAGGUUUAUUGCCAACCUGGUUUGGCAUUCCAAAGUCCGAGUUGCAACAUUAAUGUUUUUUUUAGUUUAUUUAAAUCGGCUAAAAACUCGCUUCCAAAACUGCAUUGGUCAUUUAAAUACGCCGUAUAGACUUUUUUUGGUAAACCUGAUAUUAACAGCCAAAUAUUUAAACGAUAAAUUACCCUGGAAUAAGGAAUGGGCCAAAUACGUAUUUCUACGUGCAGUGGACGCAAACGGUGAUAACCUAGGUUAUGGUUUCCAUUUUAGCAUUGCAGGAGUAAACGAAAUGGAGAGACAACUUUUUGAUUUGCUAUCUUGGGAUUUGAAGAUUGAGAAUAGUGAUUUAUAUUACGAGUUAGAAAUAUUUCUAAAACCAAUACGUUUUAAGAUUUCCGAAAAAGCUAUUAAAAAGGGGAGGUGGUGGAUCCAUGGGCGAAGCAAUACCACAAUACCCUCAAAUUGCCGGGUUGCCCUUAAAAAACUUUCUAUUAUAUGA